CUUACAUUUACAGAUUUCUAGUGUGAGUUUCAUUUCUCGUUUUCUACUAUAAAUCGAGUUAAAAGAAAAAAAUAAUUGUAAGCACCUCACUUCACUAAAAUAAUGUAUUCGUAGAUCUUAUUAACAUGUAACCACCUUCUUGGCAUGGAAUAAAGUCAUAAACACUGGCCACAAUCAUUAAUUAAACAAAUUGUACACCCGCUCCGGCCUCCGGCGGUAGUAGUCUUUGGUUGAAUUAGUUUUUUGUUUUCACAAAACCCAAAUUGGAAAUUUCAAUUUGUCUUAAUCUUUGGUCCUUGGUAGACUUCGACUUCUUUACUUCUUUACUUCCUUCAUCUCUACUAAAGUAUUCCCAUUUCAACCAAAACCCACUCGACUCGGUCUUGUUUCUUGAUCAACUUUUUCUCCAUAAUCCACUGUAGAAACUGAUCUCCCUCGCUCUACAAAAAGUGGGUUUAUUGAUUCGCGAGGUUUUUAGAAGAAAACAAUUCAAUUUGAUUCGGCAGCGGGUGAGAGGAUCACGAAUCACCCAAGGAAACUUGGGUUCCUUAGAUUCACACGUCCUUGAAAAAUUUCUUGUUCGGCUGUUUAUUAUGUGUUGGUUAACCUUUAAUGAUCUGUUCAGUUCAUGUUGCUUUGAAGCUCUACCUUGUGACGAUUUAGGGUUCUUUGCCACCUCCAGUUACCCCCUUUUGCCGAUAAGCAUUUGAAUAGUGGUGUUGACUACUGCAUAAAUUGACGAUUUCUUGCCUGAAUCACAUUAACUUGAAGACAUUUGUUGCAAGAUGUUCUCAUUGAUGCUACAAAGAGAUAGAAAACAUGGUUCACAAAGCUGAUUUAGUGAUCAUUGGAAUCUGUGUUGGUGUAGCUGUUGGCAUACUUAUAGCAUCACUUGCAUUCUUUGGUAUAAGAUGGUAUAAAAGGCGGGCCCACCUUACAAAAUGUGCAAAUGAUCAUAAUGCUUCAACUCUUCCUAUACGUAGAAAUGGUGUGGAUACAAGUAAUAUUUUGAGUGAAUCUUUUUCUACAAAUUCAGUGAGUGUUAAAGUAUCGACUUAUCCUGUAAAAACUUCUCCUCUUGCUAAAUGGAAUAAGAAUGGUAAAGAACAGUUGGCUUCAGCUUCAGGCCUACCAAGAUACUCUUACAAAGACUUACAAAAAGCUACAAAAAACUUUACAACCAUUUUGGGACAAGGGUCUUUUGGUCCAGUAUAUAAAGCUACAAUGCCUGCUGGUGAAGUUGUUGCUGUAAAGGCUCUUGCUUCUGAUUCCAAACAAGGGGAGAAAGAAUUUCAAACUGAGGUUUCUCUUUUGGGAAGGUUGCAUCAUAGAAACUUGGUGAAUCUUGUGGGGUAUUGUGUAGAUAAAGGACAACGGAUGUUAAUAUAUGAAUAUAUGAGUAAUGGAAGCUUGUCAAGUUUUCUAUAUGAUGAUAAGAAGCAGGCGUUGAAUUGGGAAGAAAGACUUCAAAUUGCCCUUGAUAUUUCACAUGGAAUAGAGUACCUUCAUGAUGGGGCAGUUCCACCUGUCAUACAUCGAGACUUGAAGUCUGCAAAUAUAUUGCUCGAUCACUUCAUGAGAGCCAAGGUUGCAGAUUUUGGGCUAUCAAAAGAAGAGGUGUAUGAUGGAAGAAACUCGGGGCUUAAAGGCACAUACGGAUACAUCGAUCCUAUGUAUAUUUCCACAAACAAGUUCACAAUGAAGAGUGACAUCUACAGUUUUGGAAUCAUUUUAUUUGAACUCAUCACUGCUAUUCAUCCACAACAAAAUCUCAUGGAAUAUGUCAAUCUAGCAGCAAUGAGUUCAGAUGGGGUGGAUGAGAUCCUCGACAAGGCACUUGUAGGGGAGUGUGAUCCAGUGGAUGUGAGGAGCAUGGCAAGAAUAGCACACAGAUGUUUGCAUAAGACACCAAGAAAAAGGCCUUCAAUUGGAGAGGUUUCACAGGCCAUUACAAAGCUCAAACAGAGGCGUUUGGUUAGGGAAGAUAGUACGAUGUCAUUUGCAGCCGAAGAGUUUUCCGGGGUCGUUGGGUGCAUAGAGUUACAACAAAAUGAAUUGAAGAAGAUGACAAGUAUAGCUGAAUCUUGAAAGAUUCUUGUUUCUGGAUGUAGUAAGCUUGUUGUGAUUUGUGACACUAUAUAUAUAUAUAUAUAUAUAUAGUGGAAAGAUACAUGGUUUAAUGGCAAAAAUGCUAUAGAUAUUUUUAUCAUUUUAUUAAUACAUACAAAAAGUUUUAUGUUAAAAUUGCAACAAACUUUUUCUUUUACUCCAUUUAGUGGAAUAACCUUAUCGUUAUAAAUAUGAGCUGCAUUACAUGAUGGAUAGUGCUCAAGUUUUUCAUGAUGUUUCUGUGUAGGUCAAUUAUUUUGUUUCAACUAAGAUUGCUGGUUUGGUGAUUAUUUGUAACCAUGUGCUUACUGCAAGAUAUUAAUCUUAUCCCAUGAGAAAUACAAUGUUAAUA